UUCUGCAGUUUUGGGCGUUAAAAGCGCUGACACACCGACUCUUUGUGUAAAGCGAGGAGAGUAAACGAACAAAAGCGGUGUUUAGAUAGCGCUUUACUCCAGACUGAUUGCUAGAGCUAUAACUUUAGAUAUCAUACAGUGCAGGUGAAAGAUGUUAAACAUAUCGACAAAGGCAACGACCGGAGGAUUCUCUUUUGAGAACACACGCAGAAAUGCUGUUCUUGAAGCAAACUUAUCACAGAAAGGUUACAGUGCGCCAAACGCCAGGAAGACUGGCACCACCAUCGCUGGCCUAGUAUUCAAAGAUGGAGUGAUUUUAGGUGCAGACACCAGAGCCACGGAUGACAUGGUUGUAGCUGAUAAAAACUGCAUGAAAAUCCAUUACAUAGCUCCCAAAAUCUAUUGUUGCGGUGCUGGUGUUGCGGCAGAUGCUGAGGUCACUACUCAGAUGAUGUCAUCAAACGUGGAACUCCACUCACUCAGCACAGGACGGCCUCCUCUUGUCACCAUGGUGACCCGACAGCUGAAACAGAUGCUGUUUAGGUAUCAGGGGCACAUUGGUUCUUCUCUAAUUGUGGGAGGUGUGGAUGUUAAUGGCCCACAGCUCUAUAGCGUCUAUCCGCAUGGUUCCUAUGAUAAGCUGCCCUUCCUUACUAUGGGGUCUGGAGCAGCUUCUGCCAUUUCUGUAUUUGAGGAUCGUUACAAGUCAAACUUGGAGCUGGAGGAAGCAAAGCAACUGGUGAGAGAUGCCAUCACCGCAGGCAUCUUCUGUGAUCUGGGUUCAGGCAGCAAUGUAGACCUGUGUGUGAUCACAGACAAAACUGUAGACUAUCUGAGAGGAUAUGACCAGCCAGUUCAGAAAGGAAUGAGGGAGGGUACAUACAGAUACAAGCCAGGCACUACUGCUGUGCUCACAAAAACAGUGACUCCAUUAACACUGGAUGUUGUGGAUGAAUCUGUCCAAGUGAUGGACACAGAAUGAGACAUGGAGUACAUUCUUUGAUUCACUCAUUGGAAAAUAUGAGGGAUACUGUAUGUGUUUUGUUAAAAAAUUUGAGAUCAAGGAUAGAGUGUAUUUUCUUUGGGGGUUAAAAUGUUUUGUACCCUUCCCCUGUAUUCCGGUUUUUGCAUUUGAGCUGCUCAAAACUGUUUUGCAAACAUUGUAAAAUAUUGAAGAGACCUGACGGAUACUGAAUGAGAAUUUUCCUUACACCUGUCAUUAACCUAUUAAAAGAUAUUUAUA